CUUUUUUAGAAAAUAAGAAAAAAUUGAUUUUUUUACAACAAAACAAAUUUUGCGUAGUUUUUAAUUAAUUUGCUGCACAAAUGGGCAACACACCUAGUCAAUUUACGGAAGAGGAGUUGCGAGACUAUGAAGAUCUGACAUAUUUUACAAGAAAAGAAAUUUUGCUAGCUCACGAAAAGUUCAAAGCAAUCUCGCCCGAAAAAGUCAAUCACAAUAAAAAUGCAAAACUUUCCAUGAACAAAAUGAUGAGCACAUCCGAGCUGUCCUGCAAUCCAUUCGCUGAUAGAAUUUGUCAAGUAUUUUCAAGCUCCGGUGACGCAUCUGGAGAUUGCACAUUUGAAGACUAUUUGGACAUGAUGUCUGUGUUCUCGGAUCAAGCACCAAAAAGUGUUAAAGCUGAACAUGCCUUUAGAAUCUUUGACUUUGACGGAGACGAUAUGUUAAGUAAAAAUGAUCUCAAACAAGUUAUUCAAAGGCUAAUUGGGUUUAAUAAUCAGUUUACUGACCUCGAUAUGGAGCAACUAAUUCAAAAUAUACUCGAAGAAGCUGAUUUGGACGAUGAUGGAUCAUUGAGCUUUGCUGAAUUUGAACAUGUGAUUGAUAAGUCGUCGGACUUCACAAAUUCGUUUCGGAUUAGGCUCUAAAAAUCUAUUUAGCACCUUCAAUUCCAGCUCCAACCAAAGAAAGACGAGAAAUUUCAUGUUAAAAAAGCUCUGCUAAUUUCGAUUUCAUCUCGAUUUACCAUUAUUUAUAGCUGGAAGUCCUAAAAAUUAUGAUCAAGUUUAUGGAAAUUUAUGUUUUU